GCUUGCGCUUGGCCCCGGCGCCCUCCUGCCUCUUUGUCACCGCCAGCCUGUGCCAUGGGCCGUCCAGCUCUCUGGCUGCUGCUCCAGUUUCUCCUGAUACCCGGGGCCGCCGCCGGCAUCAGGCCCGCGCUAAGGGCCCUCGGCAACUUGCACUUGUCGAGCAGCUCCACAUCCCGCCCUGCUGUAGCCAAUAACUACUUAGUGCGUUACAUACAACAGAAGGUUGAUCAUUUUGGAUUUCAUAAUGCGAAAACUUUCAAACAGCGGUACCUAAUAGCUGAUAAACACUGGAGGAAAGAUGGUGGUUCAAUACUUUUCUACACUGGUAAUGAAGGGGACAUUACCUGGAUUUGCAAUAAUACGGGGUUCAUGUGGGAUGUAGCUGAGGAGAUGAAAGCUAUGCUGGUGUUUGCUGAGCAUCGAUACUAUGGAGAGUCUCUACCCUUUGGUGAGGACUCACUCAAAGAUUCCAAACACUUGAAUUAUCUGACAUCAGAACAAGCGCUGGCUGAUUAUGCAAUGUUAAUCAGACACUUGAAAAGAACAAUUCCAGGAGCUAAAAAUCAACCUGUCAUUGCCAUCGGGGGCUCUUAUGGUGGCAUGCUUGCAGCCUGGUUCAGGAUGAAAUACCCUCAUAUAGUAGUUGGAGCUCUUGCAUCUUCUGCUCCUAUCUGGCACUUUAAGGAUUUGGUCCCCUGUGGUGAGUUUAUGAAGAUUGUAACAAGAGAUUUUACCAAAAAUGGUCCAAAUUGUUCACAGAGCAUCCACAUGUCCUGGGGUGCCAUUAACCGACUGUCAAAAACAAGCAGUGGUCUACAAUGGCUUACUAAAGCCUUUCACCUGUGUAGCCCCUUAACUUCUGAAGACAUUCCAUAUCUAAAAGACUGGCUCUCUGAAACCUGGGUGAAUCUGGCUAUGAUGGACUACCCCUAUGCAUCUGACUUUUUACAACCUUUGCCUGCUUGGCCUAUCAAGGUAGUAUGCCAGUAUCUGAAAAAUCCUCAUGUAUCUGACUCAUUGCUACUGCAGAACAUUUUUCAAGCUCUGAAUGUAUAUUAUAAUUAUUCAGGCCAAGCAAAAUGCCUAAACUUUUCACAAGCAGCAACCAGCAAUCUAGGCACCCUGGGCUGGAGCUAUCAGGUCUGCACAGAAAUGGUCAUGCCCUUCUGUACUAAUGGAAUUGAGGACAUGUUUGAACCGUACUUGUGGAACUUGAAGAAAUUUUCUGAUGACUGCUAUAGCCAGUGGGGAGUGAGACCAAGGCCCUCAUGGAUCACUACCAUGUAUGGUGGCAAAAACAUCAGUUCACACACAAACAUUGUUUUCAGCAAUGGCGAUCUAGAUCCCUGGUCAGGAGGUGGAGUAACCAAAGACAUCACAGAUACCCUGGUGGCAAUCACCAUCCCACAGGGUGCCCAUCAUUUAGAUCUCAGAGCCCACACAAUCUUUGACCCUGUAACCCUGAUGUUAGCCCGCUCGCUGGAAGUUAGACACAUGAAGCGAUGGAUCACAGAUUUCUACUCUGGAAGACAGCUCUGAGCAACUUAAAAAAAUUUUUUUUCUUUUAUGUUCAUUCCAUCCACAUGGGAACCUCAGUUUGAUUUUCCACAUGUGUCUGUGGCCACACCAUCCUGAACUUGCCUGACCUUGUCUGAUUUUCUACAUGCUUCUACUUUCCCUGUUUGUUACUAGACGUGUUGGGGCCAAGGUUGAUACAGAAGAGGGUGAUGGGGUGAGAACAGCCAUCCCACCAAGGUGACUGCUCUGUUGUCACUGUCUGUGCCACUUCCAGGAAGAGUGUCACCAUGGCAGCUCCUACACUGUCAGGACUGUGCCAUUCCUGCUGCCUUCCAUUCGAGGGAGAGCCACUGCCAUUGUCUCUAUAAGAAGGGACUCUCCUUGUCUUUGAGGCUGGAAUCUGGCCAUUUGUAAGUCACCAUACCUACCUCGAAAAAGGAAAGCCAAAGCUGGGAUAAAGGAUGUCAUCACAGUUGACAGGAAGGAUGUGUGAUGGCAAUCCAGGCAAUGGGGCCAUUUCUUCUGUCCUUGGUCACCGAUUGUCACAUGUGCUGUAAUAAAGAACAAGGCUGGACCUUCUACCUGCAUGUUGCGCAUUAAGCUCCCUCCAGCCAUUGGGACUGCUGUGUGCCCAGGCUUGGCUGCUUUUGCAAAGUCCUUUAAUUUCUCUCUUCCCCUGCAGCCUUUCUUAGUUCUGGGACAUUUGCUGCUGUGAUGAAGAAAGUGGUCUUCUGCUCUGCUUCAUUUGUUCUAAGUUCAGUUUUAUAAUUUAGUUUUAAAUCCCACCAAAUAAUGAAAAUAACUGUUUUGCCUUUCACUAUAAGUCUGAAUAAACUGUAUUAGUAAAAAUCCUUUAAAAGUUUGUACAUCAGAGGCUGUGGAGAUAGCUCACUGAUUAAAGAAAGAUGCUUAGUUUACAAAG